AGACGCCUAUCUCAUGUUCCUGGUAUUGAAUAGCAUUACAUCGAGUGUGUUCCAGACAGCACUGUUGUGCGGACUUGUUUGUGAGUUUGUCACUCAAAAGUAUGGGCAUACAUGGCGUUUUCAAAGAGAUAGCCUCGUCCAGCGAGAGAGUAUCGUUGGCCAAAUAUUCUGCUGCUCACCUCGCCACUCACGGACGUCCUCUUGUCAUCGCCAUCGACAUAGCGAUAUGGCUCUUUCAGAUACAAUGCGGCAAAGGCGGCUCGAAUCCGGCCCUUCGAACGUUAUAUUACCGACUUCUCCGACUCCUCAGUCUGAACAUCCAGCCUAUCUUUGUGUUCGACGGCCCCAAUAAACCGCAAUGGAAGCGCAACAAAAAGGUCGGCGGACCAGGUGUUCGAGUAGUGAGCGUACCAGAAUUUCUCGCAAAGCAAUUGCUCAAGUUGUUCGGCUUCCCGAUCCAUAUUGCCCCGGGUGAGGCCGAAGCAGAAUGCGCAGUCUUACAAAAGGCGGGCAUUGUCGAUGCUGUCAUGAGUGAGGAUGUCGACACACUCAUGUUCGGGAGUGCCGUUCUUCUCAGGAAUUGGACACCCGAGGGAAGCUCGAAGACGCCGACUCAUGUCACUGUCUAUCGAGCACAAGAUGCCAAGGCCCAGACUGGACUCGACCCUAAUGGCAUGAUACUCGUGGCUCUCAUGAGUGGAGGAGACUACGUUGUCGAGGGAAUCCCUGGGUGUGGGAUCAAGGUCGCUUGUGAUGCCGCGCGCGCCGGAUUUGCGCAUGAAAUGUGCAAGCUGGCAGCCAAUAAGGACGUCGAAGGUCUGCAGGGGUGGCGAGAACGACUCCAGCAUGAAAUACGCACGAAUGAGUCAAAAUUCUUUAGUCGGAGCAAUGGACGCUUAGUGAUUCCGGACGACUUCCCCCGUAUGGAUGUUCUUGGCUAUUACACGCAUCCAUGCGUUUCGUCGGCCACCAAGCUUACUAGGCUCAAAGAGAGCCUCGUCUGGGAUCAAGAUAUUGAUUUCCCAGCAUUACGCCUCUUCGCUGGGGAGGCUUUCGACUGGCGGUGCGUGAGCGGUGCGAAAAAGUUCAUCAAAAACCUCGCUCCGGCGAUGUUGGUACGAGAACUUCGUCUCCGCGGUAAUAAGGAGCUUCGGCUUGAGCCUGAUGCCCAACAAGAAUAUGAAAGGGAGCUAAUUUCAGCCAUACACGGGGAGCGGAGGCAUGUCACUACGGAUGGAGAAUUGGAGUAUCGAGUGUCAUUCACGCCUUCCUCUCUUGUGCCAAUUGACCUGAGCAUCGAAGAGGAGGACGAUGCCAUUGCAGGGAAUUUAGAAAGCGAUUCUGAUAUCGAAUCUGGCUCGCAUAUUGCUACGUUGGGUAACAGUGAAGUCCCAGCUUCUCCCACAAAAUCACGACAAUUUCGACCAUACUACCCCGAUCAGCCGGAAAAGCUUUGGGUAGCAAAGACGUUUUUGCAAGUCGGCAGUCCGUUACUAAUAGAGGAUCAUGAAGCAAAGUUGCUUUUGCCAAAAUCCGCUCCGAGCUCAAAGCGUACAGCUCGUGGACUGGGAAGCCGACCGACAGCCAAGUCGUCAGGAAAGAAGACCAAUCGUUCGCUCAACGAUAUACCGGUGAACACGAUGAAUGCCUAUGCAAAGGUCACAAAGAACGUACGUCCCGUGACCGCCUGUCUGUCAGACGGUAGUCAACUCGAGCCGAUAGAUGGUCAACCGCAGAAGGUUCGAAAUGCCUUGCCCGACAAGUCGCACGCGCUGGAGCGGGUCGCCGAACUUCCAUCUUCGACCAUCGAUGGCAAGAAGCCCGUUUCAUCUUUCAGACGGCCCAACAUCCGUGCACGAUCCCAAAUGAACGCCAUGGCCACGCCCACAGAUGACUAUGGGCAUGCCCCAGCUGUGCCUCUCUCAAGAGAUGAUGAGUUAGAGAGCCACCGUAUAUCAACGGAGGGAGGCGGACGACCAGAACCUGAAGUGCAAGGUACACCAAGACGCCGUAAGAGGGUAAUGAUGGUAUCACCUUCACCUAGACAGACCCAGAGAACGAUCAGCUCAUAUUACUCACCAUCCCCAAAGAAAGUCGCUUCAAAAGCAUUUAGCACAGAUGUGGUCGAUUUGCUUUCAUCAUCGCCAGCUCGAGAACUACCCCCGGAUAGAUCUGGCUCCCCAAGUCCAAUCAUGCCUCGCACUGAUGUAUUCAGACACGAGCGUGGCGAACAAGCGGUCUCCCCGGUAUUUGUGAAUGCCAUGAAAGAAAGUCGUGCCGACUGCGAAAAGAACACACGAGAAAGAUUGUCACCAUCUUUAAUCCUACCUGCAGGUGUCACGCCGCGCAGCAAACGUCGCAAAAAGCUUGCAUGUCGAGGGAAGCUCACACGAGCAUCAACUGCUCCUGUACUUGGCUACGACGAUGACUCCGAUGGUGAGGAUCCCGGUGUGGAGAACCAUUCGCACGAGAUCUCAUAUUCAUCCCCCCAUCAGUCAAGCGUGUUGCGAAGACGAUCAGCAGAGCAGGUCCAGAAUGAGCCGAUUGAUCUUACGAGCUCGCCCUUACCAGCAAAUCCAUUCUCCGCAUCUCCACAGGAGCGACUAGCAAGUCCCUCCUCGUUUCUAAGAAGAGGAACCCCAUUACGCCAGGAAGAUAUGCCAGCAACGGAUUCAACGGUGACACAACCGAAGAAGAAAUUAAUCAUCCUUCGUCAGAGCUUGGUUGGCACUUUCAAAGAAGUCGACGUCGAUGCCGUGGAUCUCUCUGGCGACGGAAGUGGUUGGAAAGCCAGUGGUGGUAAAGCAUCUUUGCGAGCAGUCGAAGGCGUCAGCCGGGCCAGAUGGAGGCAGAGUGCCGUCGAAAUUUUAGAUCUCACUGGAGCUUGAUUGUGUAAUGACAUGGCCUAACGAACGUAUUACUGUACAUUUGAGCAGGUUACCGUUUCUCGUCGGACAAACCACGAAUGAUAAACAAUAAACCUUUGGAAGCACUUGAAAAGAAUAUCACGAUCCGCUAUGGUAUCUGUGACACUAUGAUGUUAAGCACCGUUGGCUUUGGAAUUGUAAUUCGGGCUGGAAAAGCU